ACGGAUGUCUCGCAACCCCACGAAUCCAAGCCCAUGUUUGCAAAAGCAUUUUUCACUCUACCUCUCCUACCAAAGCGUUCCUCUCUUGUAGUUUUGGUCCAAGCCGAUCGAUCUCGCAUACCAAAAUUUUCUUCGAUCAUGUAGGUUUUGCUCAGAGCAAUGUCAGAGCACAUAAGACCCUGCCGAUUCCUCUGAUCAUUUGCUGCUGCUCAAAGCAUUCAUCAAGAUUUUACUCGUCAGGGUUAGCUAAGGGGAGGAGGAAGAUUUGUGUCACAAUGCAAGGCCGCUGAUGCUUUGCCAUGUGGUGAAGUUUCAGACAGAUCGAUUCAGCUAGCUUCUUUCCAUGAUUCCAUCCACGGAGCUCAGCUAGCUCGGCAUGGACUUCAGCCCUCAAAGAAAGAGCGCCGAACGCAACCGCGGCAGCUUCGAACACGAUGACAGUGAUGAUGACAUCAGAGCUGAAUCCACCGCCUCUAAUAAGCCAUCUGCGCAUUCGCACGACAGCACCAAAUCCAAGCCCAAGACGAGCCAUGGCGGUUCAACCCGAAGUAGCUCCGAACCGACGGCGGGCAACAAUAAUGCUGACGCCACCAGCUUGGACAGCGGCGGGGCGAGGAGGAGCAACAGCAUGGAGAGCAGCAGCACCGCCUCGGGCACCACGCCGGCCAACGUCCGGCGGCACACCGGCGGCGACAGCCGGUGGGACGCCAUCCAGCUGGCCACCACGUCCCAGGACGCGCCGCUGAACCUGGCCCACUUCCGGCUGCUCAAGCGCCUGGGCUACGGCGACAUCGGCAGCGUGUACCUGGCGGAGCUCCGCGCCUCGCGGGCCUUCUUCGCCAUGAAGGUGAUGGACAAGGCGUCCAUCGUCAGCCGGAACAAGGUGGCCCGCGCGCAGACGGAGCGCGAGAUCCUCGGCCUCCUCGACCACCCCUUCCUCCCCACGCUCUACACGCACUUCGAGACGGACAAGUUCUACUGCCUCGUCAUGGAGUACUGCAGCGGCGGCAACCUCCACUCGCUCCGCCAGAAGCAGCCCGGCAAGCACUUCUCCGAGCCCGCCGCCAGGUUCUACGUCGCCGAGGUGCUGCUGGCCAUGGAGUACCUGCACAUGCUGGGGAUCGUGUACAGGGACCUCAAGCCGGAGAACGUGCUGGUCCGGGAGGACGGCCACAUCAUGCUCUCGGACUUCGACCUGUCGCUGCGCUGCUCCGUGUGCCCGACGCUGGUCAAGUCGUCGUCGUCGGUGCACUCCACCGGGACCGGCAGAGGGGUGGACGUCGCGGACGGCGACGUCAUCACCGCCAACCAGGGGUGCAUCCAGCCGUCGUCAUUCUUCCCGCGCAUCCUGCCCCGGCGCACCCGGAAGCCGUCCAAGAGCGAUCUGGGGCUCAGCGGCCCGAUCGCGGUGGAGUUCAACGCGGAGCCGACGGACGUGCGGUCCAUGUCGUUCGUCGGCACGCACGAGUACCUGGCGCCGGAGAUCAUCCGCGGCGAGGGCCACGGCAGCGCGGUGGACUGGUGGACGCUGGGCAUCUUCCUCUACGAGCUCCUGCACGGCUCCACGCCCUUCAAGGGCGCCGGCAACCGCGCCACGCUGUGCAACGUCAUCGAGCAGCCGCUGCGCUUCCCCUCGUCCGACGGCGCGCCCGGGGCCCCGGCGGUCAGCUCCGUCGCCAGGGACCUCAUCCGCGGCCUGCUCGUCAAGGACCCACAGAAGAGGAUCGCCUUCACCAGGGGCGCCACGGAGAUCAAGCAGCACCCGUUCUUCGAGGGUGUCAACUGGGCGCUGGUCAGGAGCAUGACCCCGCCGUUGGUGCCGGACCCCGUGGACUUCCUGCAGUACGGAGCUGCCAAGGAGAAGAAGGCCUCCGACAGCAGUACAACGGCGGCCGUCGAGGCGGCGCCGGCUGGUCCCGUCGGAAGCCAAAACUCCGGCGAGUCUUACACGGAUUUCGAGUAUUUCUAGCUAGGACGUACUGUCGACAUACUACAUAUUCUUACUAAUGUAAAACCAUAUAUACAAGAUUAGAUUACCUUGAACGCGAUCAGCCUGCCUCC